GAGAGAACUGUUGGUACUGAUGGACUCUAAAUGCUCACAGUAAGAUUGUGUAUAACAGUGGGAUCGUUUGAUAAAUCUGCUCGGUAUCUGUCCUGAUGAUCGUUUUAACGGUUUAUUCCGCUCUUGUAGCGGCGCUUUCGGUUAAUGCGGAACUCUUUCAGUUUGACAGCAUAUCGAAUUAUUCCACCUAUUACUUGAACUACCUCUACUGCCAUGUGUGGGAAGGGGAGUGCCAGCCUAACCAGGACGAUGUUACUCAACAAGAGCCUGCCGGGGACCUUUGGUCAUGGUGGUCUCAGGCUUAUAAAGGCAUGGCAAGGAACUGGCCCUGCAACUUCUGGCAAUGCUGUGAUUCAGGAGACUGCAGGAUCACUAACAACCUCACAGGUCUGGAGCUAGAUCUACAGCAAAAACUUCAUGGGCAGCACCUGGCUCAGUCAGUAGUGCUGAAGGCCAUUCAAGGCUUCAUUAAUAAUCCUGAGUCCAACAAGCCCCUGACUCUGUCUUUCCAUGGCUGGUCAGGCACAGGCAAAAACUUUGUGGCUCGGAUGGUGGCAGACAACUUGUAUAGGGACGGAAUAAAGAGUGAGUGUGUGCGGUUGUUCAUCGCUCCAUUCCACUUUCCACAUGCGCAACUGGUAGAUGUGUAUAAGGGCCAGCUGAGGGAGGCUAUUAGAGACAUGGUACUCCGAUGCCCACAGACUCUUUUCAUCUUUGAUGAGGCAGAGAAGUUGCACCCUGGUCUUAUAGAUGCCAUUAAGCCGUUUAUGGACCACUAUGAUAGUGUUGAUGGGGUCAAUUAUAGAAGGGCCAUAUUUCUGUUUCUCAGUAAUAUUGGUGGUGCUGCUAUCACUGAAGUAGCACUGGACUUUUGGCAUUCAGGACAAAAUCGAGAAGACAUUGGGCUGGAAGAUCUGGAACAUCGACUGCGAGCAGAAUCUGUGGAGGCUGAAGGGGGAUUUGCCCAGAGUGAGCUUAUGUCUGGGCACCUGAUUGACUUCUUUGUACCAUUUUUGCCUCUUGAGUAUCGUCAUGUCAAACAGUGUGCUCACGCAGCAUUUGUUGCACGAGGUGUGGAGCCUAACGAGUCAACUCUGGACGAGGUGGCAAAGGCUAUGGUGUACGUACCCAAAGAAGAGAAACUUUUCUCUGCACAGGGCUGCAAAUCCAUCCCGCAACGGAUCAACUUCUUUUUACCCUAAUGAAAAAACCCUGAAGUAAUUCAAUUAAUAUGAACACCUGAAAUCAAAUGAGACAGACCCAGGUUUUUAGCCUUCAGGUUACAGAGUAAUUCAUUUUAUUAAAUAUGAAUUAAUAAACUUGCAGGUUUAUUAAGGUGAAGGUUUAUCCAACAACACACCUCAUGAGUUGGAACACUACUUGACCCAUAAGGUUCCAAAAAAUUGUUACCAAUGUGCUGAAGUUUACAUGAGUCUAAAUAUACUGUACAGGCUGAGUGAAUGCCAUUUGUUUUCAUGUAUUUUUUUUUUUACAUUGUGUUAAAUGUUUUUUAUUUGUCAAAACUAGUGUGUUUAAAGGUGCAGGGAACAGAUUUUAAUGUUCAGAAAACAUUUUGAGGACCAAGUACUUGUUACAUUAUUUACCAUUGUUAUCAGCUUUGCUGUUGUUUCUAAUACAACAAUAAAUCUAUUUUUCUAAUGAA